UAAAGUAUAUCCGUUAACGGCGAACAACAAACGUUGAAAUAUAAGUGGCUUAAUUUUGGAAAUAACGGCUUAAACGGGCGCGUAAAAUAUCUCUCCUAAGGAUUUCAGCAGAAUUCAGUGGAUUUUGUGUUUAAUUAUGUGAACAUAUAGAAAAAAACACAUCAUCAUCUGGAAUAAAUUUCACCCAAUCUCGACAUCUUAAGAAAAAUAGGAGUGUUACAGCCGCAGAUAGACAAACUUCAACAGCACACGUGCGAUUUUUGAAAAGUCGACACCAAAGGAAUUUCAUUUGAAAUUCGCUCAUAAAACUGAAACUGAAAACCAAACGCACGAAAGAACAACCCACAGCUUUGUUUUUGUGAAUUCAUCAGCAGCAGCCAGCCACUUAUCUUGAUUGGAAUCUUGAAUAACUUAGAAAGUUUGUAGAGAAGCAACAGCAGCCGCAGCAGCAACAACAACGUUACGAAAAUGUCAAAUUUACGCACCACAGCAACGUCACUGGUCAAACGCACCUCUUUUUCGGCAGCCGUUAUAACACCGCCACUGGAACCCCCGCACCAACCACAAAGUCAAUUUCCGGCAACGCAUCAUCCUCCACAAAGCACUGGCAAGAAAUUGGAGAAAUCUCAUGAAAUCAACAGCAAUCACAGCAGCGAGACAAUCAAAAAUGCAAAUGUCCGUUCCUAUGAUGAAGUACCUGGACCCUGGGGUCUGCCAUUCAUUGGCAAUUCUUGGCGUUUUGCCCCGCUCAUAGGCCACUAUAAAAUCAGUGACCUGGACAAGGUAAUGAAGGAGCUGCACAUCAAUUAUGGCAAAAUCGCCAAAGUUGGAGGACUAAUUGGCCAUCCUGAUUUGCUGUUCGUUUUCGAUGGCGAUGAAAUACGAAAUAUAUUCAAGAAAGAGGAAGCAAUGCCACAUAGACCCUCAAUGCCCUCCCUGAGAAGAUACAAGGGUGUUUUGAGAAAGGACUUUUUCGGAGAUGUUGCCGGUCUGAUUGGAGUACAUGGCAAGAGUUGGGAAACAUUCCGCCAAGAGGUCCAACAGAUCCUAUUGCAGCCACAAACAGCAAAAAAAUAUAUACCGCCACUCAAUGAUAUUGCCAGUGAAUUCAUGGUGAGAAUCCAUGAAAUGCGUGACGAAAAUAAUGAAUUACCCGGUAAUUUUCUCCACGAACUCUACAAAUGGGCCUUGGAAUCUGUGGGUCGUGUUGCCUUGGACACCCGUCUGGGCUGCUUGUCACCCCAGGGCAAUGAAGAGUCACAGAAAAUUAUCAAUUGCAUCAAUACAUUCUUUUGGGCCGUACCCGAAUUGGAGCUGAGAAUGCCCGUGUGGAGAUUUUAUCCCACCAAGGCCUAUCGUAGCUUUAUUAAAGCCUUGGAUGAUUUUACAGAAAUCUGCAUGAAAAACAUUAGCCGUACCAUGGAUGCGGCCGAUUCGUGCACGAACUUGAAUAGGGCGGAAGCUGACAUCAGCAUCGUUGAGAGAAUUGUUCGCAAAACUGGCAAUCGUAAGUUGGCUGCUGUUUUGGCCUUGGAUCUCUUUUUAGUGGGUGUUGAUACGACUUCUGUGGCUGUCUCCUCCACCAUUUAUCAAUUGGCCAAAAACCCCGAAAAACAACAAAAACUUUUCCAAGAACUGCAAAAAGUCUUUCCCAGUACCCAUGAAGCGGAAAUUAAUCAGAACGUCCUUGAGCAGAUACCAUAUUUAAGGGCAUGUGUCAAGGAAACUUUAAGAAUGUAUCCCGUCGUCAUUGCCAAUGGUCGCAGCCUGCAGUCGGAUGCCAUUAUCAAUGGCUAUCACAUACCAAAGGGUACAAAUGUAAUAUUCCCCCAUUUGGUGGUAUCGAACGAUCCAGCGUAUUUCCCUCAACCGAAAUCAUUCCAACCGGAACGUUGGCUUAAGCAAACCGAAACACAACAACAGCAAAAUGGUAAUCCAAAUGCAAAUAGAUGUCCACAUGAUGGCCACAAAAUACAUCCAUUUGUUAGUCUGCCAUUUGGUUAUGGGCGUCGCAUGUGUGUCGGACGACGUUUUGCGGAAAUCGAAUUACAUACUCUGCUGGCAAAGAUCUUCCGUAAAUACAAAGUGGAAUACAAUCAUGGCGAACUGGAGUACAAAGUCAACUCAACCUAUAUUCCAGAAUCACCGUUGAAUUUUAAAUUAACUGUAAGGGAAGAGUAACAUCAUCUCCCAGGUUUGGAGAUGGAUGGCCAAAGGGGCCGUUGAAUGUUUUUUUUGAGGAAAUGAAUAUGAAAU